GGACUGAAUACUUCCCCGUCUCAUCUUUUCCUAAACGCACCUGAAUAUACUUCCUCGUCUGAUCUCCAUCCGAGUCAACGCCGAAGGGAAAUUGCGACUGAAAUGCUGGGCCGUCGAUUAUUGACUUCAGACAGGCCUUUUUGCCUUUCUCUCUCAUCCUUUUUCCCUCUCUAUCUAAUUUUAAAAAGCUACAACUUUUGGCUUCUGGGUAUUCAAGGGAAGAAGAAGAACAAGAACAAAGAGGAGGAGGAAGAAAUAGCUGCUGGACUUGCUUCUUCAUCAUCUUCUUCCUUUUGUCUCCAAGCUGUUUCAACGUCGGCGAGGUAUCAGGGAGGAAGAACAGCGAGAUUUAGGUAGGCGGAGACUCAUGGCAGCGGCCAUGGUCUGCGUUCAGUGGCUUGCUGGUCGACGUCGCCGACGAGUUUUUUCACGGUUAAGAGCAAAAGAGGAAGUUUUUAGUCUUAGUAGAUUAGUAAUUUCAUAUCAACUUUUGUUUAUAAUUAUCAUAAACUUAGAAAAGUGGCUAUAAUUCUAUAUGGGUUUCAAAUUUUAGUUAUUUUUUCCAAAUUGUCCAUCACAAAGCUUCAAUAUUUGUCUUCAAAAAGAUAAAAAAAACCCAUUUCCCCAAAACCCCCCUCCCAUUCCCCACCAAAAUCCCAUUUUUGCUGGUAAUGCCAUUUGGGUUUCAAUGGCUCAAGAAUCUGGGUCGUCUGAGUCCCCUAAAUGGAGACUCGAUCUAGAUUUUCCUUCGAAGACUCCUGUGUUCGGCUGCAGAUUCCAGCCCUACAUUCGCAUGCAAAUAAUCGACAACUCCUUUGAAUUCCCGUGUCACGAGUAUUCUUUCACAUGGUACCAAGAGGAUGUUUGCUUGUCUUCCAAUCAAGAGAAGAUUCGCUGUUUUGUCCACCAUGAUGAGAUGGCCACAAUUCAGUGUACAGUUUGUGCAAGUCAAAGUCGACUUGGCAAGAUAAGUUAUUAUUGCUCCAUAAGUUGUUAUAAGGCUGCCUGGGACAAGCACAAGGUGCACCAUCAUUUGGCAGCUCCCAAUCCUGAUCCACAAGCAGUGAACAUUAUCAAGAGUUUUGGGCCUUAUGGCUCUUAUCCUGAUUUACCUUACUAUCAGUAUGAUGGUUCACAACCUGAUGUGACGGUGGAAGAAGAUGGGAAAACUUGGAUUCAGGUGGGAUCUUCAGAAUAUUAUGUACCCACAGAAAAUGAUAUUGGAUUUUGUCUGAGGCUAAAAUUUGAAGUUAUUGAUUCUUCAACGCGCACACAAUUGUGCCCAGCAAGAAUCAAAGUGACAGAUCCUGUGAUUUAUCCUCUUCCUCAUCCACCGCGUUGUACAAUGUGGAACUCUUGCAGCGGUGACCUCAAAGAACAAUGUUCUAAUGAUGUAACCUUUAGGGUGCUGUCCUAUAAUAUCCUCGCUGAUUAUCUUGCUACUAGUGGUAGUAACCGGCACUCCUACUGCCUAGAUUGGGCUCUUUCAUGGGAAUAUCGUCAGCAAAAUUUACUUUAUGAGAUCAUUGCAUAUGAUGCAGAUAUCCUAUGUCUUCAAGAGGUACAGAAUGAUCAUUUUGAGAAUUUCCUCAGACCUGAGUUGGCAAAAUAUGGAUACUCGGCUAUAUACAAGAAGAAAAAGAUCGAGAUGUUUACAUGUAAGUCCCAGCAGACAACUGAUGGAUGCGCUACGUUUUACCGCAGUCAACGAUUCAAAGAAAUCGCAACAUAUGAGCUUGAGUUUAAUAAUUCAGCAAAGCCCUUUGUAGAUUCAUUGGAUGGUAAACAGAAAAGUGAAGCUUACCGGCUGCUGAAGGGCAAUGUUGCACUUCUUGUUAUAUUAGAAAUGGUGGAAAAUGAGGGCUCCUCUGAUGGCAAUCGACCUAGAAUUUGUGUGUCAAAUACCCAUUUACAUGCAAAUGGAAAAGAUCCAGACAUAAAAUUGUUGCAGGUUGUAACCCUCAUCCAUGCACUCGAGAAAAUUGCCCAGUUGAAGAUUCCCCUACUGAUUUGUGCAGAUUUGAACUCUCUGCCUCAGAGUGAUCCUUAUACGUUCAUAAGCAAGGGCAGAGUUGAGAUUCUUCCCAGCAAGGAAACUGAUCAAUCGGGCAUAUUGCAGACACUCAAGCUUUCUCAUUCAUUGAAUCUAGUAAGUGCAUAUGCAACUUUUUUUCAUUCCGAUGGGGUCGAGGAUCACCAACGUGAGAAGCUGGAUCCUGAAACCAAGGAGGCUUUGUUCACCUACUUCACACCAUCCUUCUUUGGAACUAUAGAUUAUAUAUUCUACACAGCUGCUAGUUUGAGGCUUGACAGUGUAUUGGAGCUUCUUGACAAAGAAGGCCUCCUUCCAUCCGCUAAAUGGUCAUCAGACCAUAUUGCCCUCAUGGCAAGUUUUUCUCUUGAGGCAAGCGCUUACAAUUGGAGCUCAGAAUCUCUUACGGAGAGCCUAGGGCAGCACCCAACAUUUGCACAAUAAUAAGCUUUUACAGAAUGUGAUAGGGUUUUUCCACCUGCGCAAAUAUGGUUGCAAUCGCACAAAAAUACUUGCAAGAGUACAAGGUAAUUGUAGUAUAAACGCUCAAGCAAGGUUUUCUUCCACAGAAAUUUUGUAAUUUCCUAAUCCUUAAUUAAGUAUUUAAAACAGAUUUUUAGAAAAA